AUGCCUGCAUUCUUCCCCAUCUCCCCUCCGGGCGCGGACCUCCGUAGUCCUAUCCGUUUUAAUGACACCAGUCGCUUCAGCAGCGCUAACCACAGCGGCACUUACACCAGUUGGUCUCCCCUUCUCCCCCUCACCCGCCGCUCCAAGCCCUCCAGCACUGGCUCUGCCGGCAUGGCUAUCGGCCUAAUCAUCGGCAUCAUAGUCCUCUGCACCCUCGUCUACUUCGCCCUCGAAUUCCACAAGCAUGUGGUCCCGCCCGAGCACCCCAGGACCUACCGGCGCCGCGACCGCCCCGCUCACCCCUCACAUCCCGAGGACAUCAAGCCGGGCCGCCGCCGAGCGCCCACGGACGGGUUCCAGCGCGCCCAUACCCGUCCUACUAGGACUCCGCAGCGCACCACCACGCCUCCCCCAGCGUACAUCCCCAACCCCCCUCCGCCCAAAUACCACCCGCGCGUCCCCCCGCACUUCAUCUCGCACUGCCGGGGGUGCUCCCCACCGCCGUCCACCCACUCCGGCCAGCAUACCCCGGGCCGGUCCCCCUCGCCGCCCUCGCCGCCAUCCUCCUAUUGGGGCCGGCACACCCGGGCGCGAACCCCCUCGCCACCAUCUCCCCGCUCGGCCCGGCACUGCCGCAUCCGCACGCCGAGCAGCUGCAGCGCUCGCAGCACGAGCAGCGAUGGGAGCUAUUUCGUCGAGCAACGAGAGAGUAAGCGUGGGCUGCCGCAGUUCGAGGAGCGGGAGCACUAUCGCACAGAGAUGCGGUGCCCUCCGUUGAGUGGAUCUGAGACUCCGCGCGGGCGAUCGCGAUCGCGACUAUAG